AUGAUUUCUGCAAAAGAAAGUCGACAUGAAAGUGCGUGGGAGGAAGAAGCUUUACUAGAGCUUCUCUUUAGAGCACCAGAUUUAGUAACUGAUGAUGAUCUACUAAACAUAUCUUUGAGCAACUUAGCUAAGAAUGUGAACGAUGAAUCACCAGCUUCUUUGAUCAUGAGAAUAUAUUGCCGAUGGCUCGAAGUCCAUCGAAGAAGCUCAUUACAACUAUUUAAAGCUUGGCCAAACACGAUCAAACAGUGGGUGGAAUCAUUGGAGCACCGUGGAGUUGACAAGGAAGCAGUAAUCGCACACGUUAUAGAUUGGAAGAAAUCCAAUGGUCCUUCCACGCUCAAUGGCCCGAAAGGAUGGAUUGAGGAGAAGCACCUUCCUUCCGUUGAUGAGAUUGAAAAAGUGUUUAAUGAGAGAUACGGCUUAAACAAAGAUAAACCUUCGGAUAAAGGAUACUCUGACAGAGGUGAGUAUCGAUCGGACAAGCCCUCGAGUAACUCGGAUCUCGGAGGCAGCCGUUCAGAGUAUAUCCCACCGAGUUAUAUCUGCAAUCGAUGCGGGAAAAAUGGCCACUUGGUCAAAAAAUGUCCAACAAAUAUGGAUCCUACUUUUGACAAAAAGCCACCGGGGUCGUACAAAUGCUCGAUUUGUAACAAAUUCGGAAAGCACUGGUAUUCCCUAUGCCCAGAGAACACCAAAAAAGACUCCAUCACCCAAAAACGUCUGGCUGCCGGGAUGAAAGCCAAAACUCAACAAAGAACCUUGGAUAAGAGAGACGACUCUAAGGCAAGGCAGGGGGGGAUGUCAAAAUCAAACAAUUUCGAAAACGAAGGUGCGGAGUGGGAUUCGAGUCAAUGGCGAGGUGAAAACUUGGAGACAUUUAAGAAAUCUAGUUCCUCUAAACGAGAACAAGCAAUGACUUUAGAUGACGAUAUCGAUCGAGAGCCAGAAUUGCCAACUCGUAAAAACAUGCUUGAACAACUUGCCGAUAUCGAGGAACGCAUACACAGAGCCUCCGUGGCUAUGGCAGAAGAUACCGGGAUGUCAAUGGAAGGGGUAGCAGAAGUGACUGGUGUGUCGAUCUCCAAUGUGGCCUCUACCAUCAUGGCAGCUAAUCGCAAGCGUGCUCGCUCCAUGGAAAUGAAUGAUAUUGAUUACAAGGAGCAUCAACGUACCACCAGACAAAAAGUUGAAUAUGAUGAUAGAGAAGAGCUGAUGCAAGGUGUUGAUGACACAAGACCCUUACACUUGGACACUGAAAGACAUGACGCAGAUGCUAGGGGAAUACUCAAGGAAACGGAUCCCUACACCGCAGAAUUUGAGUUGAGCCAAAAACUUCCAGUCAGAAAAUCGACAAAUUCAACCGAGAAUUCUGUGCAAAGCCCACUCUCUGAUAUGAACAUGCGCCAGCGAGAGGUUUCAUCUAUGGAUACUUCUAGCGAAGAUGACAUCCGAACUCCUGUGGAUGAUAUGGAAGCAGGGUGUGACUCGCCACGGGUUCGUUCAGACACGCCAGAGAAAAUCUAUUCCGAUUUUGUUAAGAGCCUAAUUGCAAAUCGAACAGAAGGUCAAAUUGUAAACCUGAGAAGAAGACGUCGCACAGCGGUAGAGCUAUGGGAUGAAGACGACCAACGUCGCAUGGGACAAUUGGAUGUGUCAACAUCAUCCCGACAGAGCUCUUCUCCAUUGUCUUCCGCUUCAUCAAUGGAUUCAGAUCAUACCUUUGAUUCACCUGGCCGAGUUUCAAGUGAGAUUCCUUACUUCAUUCUUGACAAAAAUACGUCAGCCUCCCCAGGUUCCGAUAUUGAAAUGCAAGAGUAA